CCCCGUUUUGCCGCGAGCGAGCAGGUAAUCGCGGGCGUCUCCGGUAUCGAGUAGCGUAAUAAUAAUUCCACGCUGGGCUCUAGACAGUUCUUCUAAAUCGACGAAUUAUCUCAUUUUUACAAUUCCAAAUCCAAAUAUAACUAAUCAACAAACAGCAGUCCUCGCAUUAAAGAAGAUCAGCCGAAAAGGACUCAAAUCUCGUCGCAAUGUAUCUUCGGAGCAGCGUACCUCGUGUCGCGCGCGCUGUCCACGGCCUGCGCUGGCUCUCAUCGAAGGCCCUGGUGUACUCUGACGAGGUGCUGCAAGCCAGGGCAGCCGGCAGCCCCCUCGUGGCCCUGGAGUCUACCAUCAUCACCCACGGCAUGCCCUACCCUCAAAACCUGGAGACUGCGGUGGCUGUAGAAAAUAUUAUAAGAGAAAAGGGGGCUGUACCAGCCACCGUGGCAAUUCUAAAAGGUCAGCUGACCGUCGGCCUGUCUAGUGAGCAGCUGGAGUACCUGGCACGCGCUAAGGGCGUAGUGAAAGCCUCUCGACGCGACCUGGCACCCAUAGCUGCAGCCGGGCUGGACGGCGCCACCACCGUCGCCGGAACCCUCGUGGCCGCCGACCUGGCUGACAUACCUGUGUUUGUGACCGGUGGCAUCGGAGGCGUGCACCGCGAAGGAGAGAACACACUGGACGUGUCGGCGGACCUGACGGAGCUGGGCCGCAGCCGCGCCGCGGUCGUCUGCAGCGGCGUUAAGUCUAUCCUGGACAUUGGGAAGACGCUUGAAUACCUGGAAACUCAAGGUGUGUGUGUAUGCGCGUUUGGCGAUUCCGACGCGUUUCCCGCGUUCUACACUCGUCGUUCGGGUCACCGGGCACCGCACCGCGCGCCGUCAGCCGCGCACGCGGCACGUCUCUUGGCUGCGGCGCGGACGCUGCGGCUUGCGUCCGGCACCGUCUUCGCAGUGCCCGUGCCGGAGGAACAUGCUAUGGAUGAAUCUGCCAUAAAUGAAGCAAUCAACCUCGCUCUACAAGAAGCCAAAAGAAAAGGCAUACAUGGAAAGGAAGUGACCCCUUACAUUUUAGCUGCCGUCGCAGAAGCAACAGGGGGCAAGUCUCUCGACACCAACAUGGCCCUCAUAAAGAACAACGCCAAAGUUGGCGCCGAUAUUGCCGUAGAGUUUAACAAACUCAAGAACGUCGACAAUUCAGCGAACAAGUUCAACAUUGGAUACUCGAGGGAUGUAGAUAAGUCGACCGGCUCUCGAUCGUUCCACACGUCGUGUAGGUCGCUUGCAUCGUCCAAUGACGUCGUUGAGUCCGACCCUGUACUAGUCAUCGGCGGGGCCAACGUAGACAGGACCUACAGAGUAGCAGAAGAUCACAUCAAGCUGGAUGGCAGUACGCAUCCUUGCGCUACGACGCAGUGCGGCGGCGGGGUCGGACGCAACAUGGCGGAGGCGCUUUGGCGCUUGCGCGACGGGCGCGUGCGACUGCUCACCGCCGUUGGGGACGAUGCCGACGGACACUAUCUUGCCCAGAUCGCACCGGGGUUGCUACUGGACGGAUGCAUGGUGCGAGGGGCGCGGACGCCCACAUAUGCCUCCGUCAUGGACGCCCGAGGAGAGUGUCAACUAGGACUCGGGGACAUGGUUCUCCAUAAUCACAUCUCUGUCGAACUUGUAAACAGGCACAUGGACGUUUUGGAAAAGGCGCCGGUCGUAGUCCUAGACGGAAAUGCACCACAAUCCACCAUCCAGUACGUGAUUCAACAAUGCAGUGAACUAAACAAACCCGUAUUUUUUGAGCCGACGGAUCGAAGAAAAGCAUCCAAAAUUCUGCACGGAGGACCACGCAUUGCCUACGCUUCACCGAAUUUAAAUGAGCUACGUGCAAUGGCACACUUUGUCAAGCCUUACAUGCUUCCUAACAGUCUGAAUGCCAUAGAAGAAGUUCUAUACUUAUCUAAAAUGUUGUCAAAUUUUAUUGAAUGCCUAAUAGUAACAUUAGGUGCCAAAGGUGUUAUCAUUGUACGAAACAAGGAUGUACACGGAAAUAGCCAUGAUGUGACGGCAAAGCUCUAUCCAGUAAAUGUAAUAGAUGAUAUAGAAAACGUUUCGGGAGCUGGAGAUUGUUUUGCUAGCGGUUUUCUUCAUGGAGUUCUUUUAAAUCUGAAUGAAUCAUGUUGUGUUUCAAUUGGAUUAAAUGCUGCUAGAAAUGCUUUGCUGUCUUCUAACACGGUUCCGUCUAAUUUUAAGAUGCGCACAGACAUCAAAGAAUCAAGCUAUACAAAUCUAAUUUAACUAGUAUUGCAUGAAAAAUAAUAAACUAAUUAAUUAUGUAA